UACGAGGUGCAGUUGAAGAGGCGAUUUGGAACCUAUUCGGAGACGAAGACACUCACUGAAGUGGUAGAACGAUCCCCGGUCUUCUUCUUGACCGUCUACUUCCUGUAGCCUGUAGACUUUGUAUCGGGGGAGUUUGGAAUCAUCCUCGUUGGUGCGAAACACUGGUUGCUGCUGCAGAUCUUGUUGCGGACGUUCGAUGUUUUGAUUGUUUCAAUACGAGUGUUGACAAUGAGUGCGUCAAUUGCAAACUUGGAUCCGAACACUGAGCUGAGGUUUCAAGGUCCGUUUACGCAUGUCGUGACAUCAACUCUCAAAGUCACAAAUCCUUCGAGUGAUCGUAGGAUUUGUUUCAAAGUUAAAACAACAGCACCUAAGAGGUACUGCGUCAGGCCUAACUCUGGUAUAAUUCAGCCCAAUGAGUUCGUUGAGGUUCAAGUAAUGCUCCAGCCAUUCGAGUAUGACCCUAACGAGAAGAACCGCCAUAAGUUCAUGGUCCAGACAAUGUUUGCACCAGAGGGGGAGAUAGAUCUGGACACCGUGUGGAAAGCCAACGCUGGAGAUGUCAUUGACACCAAACUGAAAUGUGUAUUUGACAUGUCAGAGUCAGCAUCAACGACCUCGACACAAUCUGGCUCAGCUCAACAAAGUGAGGCAUCUGCGAGCCGGCCGCGGGAGUCACCCCAAGCUGCUGCUCCCAGCAGUCCUAGUCCAUCAGCAAGCUCAAGCGGAUCGUCAGCAGUCUCUGCCCCAUCGGUAGCAACGCAAGCAGUGACAUCCACCACAGCACCUUCUGAAGCCCAAUCACAAGCACAGACAAGCGAUACCGGAGUACGUCGGCGCCCUAACCCUGCCACCUCCAGUAGCCCUAAGCCUGCUGCAACCGCGCCAGCCCCCAAACCUGAAGUAACCGCGCCACAACACAAAACAGCUGUUCGGGAACAGCAGCAGCAGAUGAGUCUACCGAUGUUUGCCGUUGCCGGAAUUGUCGUUAUUCUUCUGGGUUGGUUCUUGGGAAGUGUGCUCUUUUGAAUAGACCGAAUCGUACCCUUUCCUUGGCCUUUCUUCUCGCUCUGAUUUGGUCUUCUUUUCAAGUGUCCUGCAGCAAAGGAGGGACUUCCGGUGGAGGUUGACCAUAUAUAAUAAUUAUUCUUUCUGGGGACUUUGCUUGGAUCAAGACCUAUUCGGCGGCAUGGCUGUCUUUUGCACACUGUAGACCAAGUGUUGGCCCUGCAUUGUGUUAAUAAUUUGUGACGUAUGUGCUUUCUAUCUCCGUCUCUUUGUCUCUCUCUCUCUCUCUCUCUCUCUCUCUUUCUCCCACCUGCCUCUUUUUUUACGCCCUUUUCUCAGCAUUUGUACUACUAACAGCCGAUGGAUUUAUAGAGUAUGUGUAUGUGUUCUAGGUCUGUUUUGUCCUGGGCACUGGUAGUGUGUUGCCAAAGCAACCAUCGCUCUCCUAUGGAUCAUUUUUAUCAGCUUGCUCCUAAUUGCACUGGUACACCGGGCUUGGUUCUGAUUUGCAAUUAUUAUUAUUGUUGUCCGCCGUGUCUGCUGUUGGGCUAGCUUGAGCGCUGAUGCAAUACUUCUUGUUUGGUGCUGGGAACACGGCUGCUCUAACAUUGGCUUGCCUUCUGUGCACACUAGCGAUAAAUCCAAUUGAAAUGUGGUUUUUGAUGGAUCUAAUGGUACAUAUACAGCA